AUGUUUAAUGAAAAAUAUCUUUUAAUUUUUUAUCCAGAACUCGACGUGCUCAAAUAUCUGAUAGAAACUGUGCAUAUCGGAGUUAAUGUUAUUGGUGAUCGGCACCUCACUCCACUCCAUCUUGCUUGUGAAUUUGGACAUCUUGAUGUAGUUAAGUAUCUGAUCGAGAAGAAUGCCAUAACAACAUUACGCAACGCACAGCUUUUGAAUUGUCUCGAAAUUUCUAUUCAAAAGCAGCACGUGGAAAUAGUCAAAUAUCUUUUACAGCGUCCAAACUGGCGAGAAAUGAUGCGCAAUGCACAACCUAUCGAGGCCACCGACGCUUACGAUACACCAAUGCGAAAACUCAUUCGUUACAUGCCCGAUGUAGCUCUUUGGACAGUAGAAGAAAAACUAACACGAAAAGUUGGUGGUGCAGGUCAAAAAGUAUCCAAGGAAAUCUAUGAUUAUGAAUUCUAUGAAGAUAUGAAUGCAGUCAAAGAUUGGUAUGCACAAGGUCUCGCUGUUGGUGAAAUUCCAACCUUAAUGGAGGAAGGUACUCUUUGGCGCGAUAAGAUGCUCUACAAUUUUGUGUCAGACGGUGAAAUCUUACGUCUACAGUUUAUUCGACUCAUGAAAUUCAUAAGUUGCCACUAUUCGGAUCAUAUACGAAUUAUGCGCCCCCGGCCUAUUGACAUGUUAACAUUCGAUGAAAAAGCACAUGGUUACUUAGAAAAAGCAUGGUAUUACACAAACAAACAUUUCUUCGAAGAAAAAAUUCAGGACGAUGUCGAAGUCAAAAUAUCAUCAAAAAAAGAUGCCUCAGAAAACAGUGAAGAGAAAGAAAAUUGA